GUCAACUCUACGACGCUCGACCCUAUCGCGCCGCUCAGCGUCGUCGCGCUGAGCCUCGACGCGCUGCCGCAAGACGCGACGCUCACUGCGCUGCUCGUCUCGCUCGUGACCAAGCUGCUACCGCCAGGCCCCGUUGCACUGCUCAACGUCGCGGCGCUUGGCUCACCGAUGCAACUCGACGUCGAGGCGCUGGUGCCAGACGUGCCACCUUCAGACGUGGCGCUCGUUGCACUG